AUGGUAAAUCGCAAAUAUUACAAGCUUGCUUUAACGUCAAUAAUCAUAUUUCUUUUAUUUUUGUUUUAUAAUGAAUAUAACACGUAUGUCAACAAUUCGAAAAUAGUACCCAAAAAUUUUGAUAUUAUAAAAAAUAGAGUAAAAUUCAAAAAUCAUAUUUUCACCAAAUGGAACACUGAAAAAUCAAAAUACAAAUCAUUGUCAAUAGAAGAAAAAUGUAAUAAAUAUUUGAAAUCAAUAUCAAACAUAAAUUUGAAAUUUUGGGAUAAUUCGAAAAUAGAUCCGUUGGUGUACAAUAAAAGAAAAUGGAUUAAGAAAAGAAAAAGGGAAUUACAAAGAAAAAUCAAGAAGAAGAAUUGGACACCUGAAAUUGAUCAGCAAAUUUUAAAUGAAUUUAUGUCGAAAAAUAUCGAGUAUUCCAAGUUAGAGGAAAAAAUGUUCAAAGAAGUCAAUGAUAUGAAGAUCGGAGGUAAAUGUUUGGAACAAAAUCCAAAAAAUCUCAAAAAAUUAUAUCCUUGGUCUAAAACAACUCCAAAGUUUGAAAGUAGAGGGAUAGUAAUACCAAUACUUAAAAGUCCUCAGAAUGUCAUAAGACUAGUAAGAGCCUUAAGGUCAAUUGAAAAUACCUUACCAAUUGAAGUUUCACAUACCUCGCUCUCUUCUCAAGAUCAAGAGUUAAUCAUCGAUGCAGCAAAAAAUAGUACUUUACCAAACAUUCAAGAUCUUACUUUUAUCGACCUAUCUUCAUUACCAAAAAAUGAUUCAACAUUUAUAACAAUAGCGAGUCUAACUUACAGCAAAUUUGAAGAAGUGAUCCUACUAUCUGAAAAUAUUAUUCCAUUGAAAAAACCAGAGUUAUUAUUCAAAGGUGAAAGAUAUAAGUCCACAGGUAAUCAUUUAUUCAAAUCUCCUUCAUACUUGAAGGAUAGAGUUAACAUUUUCCCUCCUGGUUUCCAUGAAAUAACAAACUUCAUAAAAUCUUUUAGACCAAACAAAGAUGAUGAAACCUUCUUUGACUUGAAGAGGGGAGAAUCUUAUAUCACUUCCAGAUUUUACGAAGAUCAUUUCCUUACAAUGAUAGAUCCUAAUAUGAUUGUUAUAAAUAGAAAAAAAAGUUUUAAUGGUUUACUUAUCGCAUUAAACCUACAAUUUUAUGAUAUAAUGAAAAUCAGAUUUACUCAAGGAUUUGAUUUGGAUUUCUUAUGGAUUGGUUUAGAGAUCUCAGGUCAAACCUUAUCAUUCAAUUACAACUAUCCUGUGAUGGCAGGUAUAUACACACCACAAGAAAAUCUUCAUGAAGACAUAAGACCUUCCCAAGAAAUAUGUUCUGCUUCAUAUGCUCAAUUAUCGGAUGAAGAUGAUAUAAGUUUGAUAUCUGUUACAUCACAUCAAUUGCAAAAUUGGUUGAAACACAAUCACUCUUUUAAAACCAUAUUCAAAGAUAAGUAUAUUACAAAGAUCAAAGAAACAAAAAAGAUCUUCAAUAACGAAGAAAAUACAUUGAUAAAAAAUGAUUAUCAUACGUUACAUAAGAUUUAUCAAAAUCCAUUAAUACUAGAAAAUAUUAUAAGACCACCAGUGUUAACUCAAAAAGUAAAUGUUUUAAAUUUCAACGGACCAUAUGAUGCAUGGAUGGAACAAAAAUUAACUUCUGAAAAUUUAAAAAAAUCAAGUCAUAGUUAUUUUUGUUGUUAUAACGUUAUUGGAAACGCUUUAAAAGAUGGCAAAAGUGGGUCAACUGUAAAUAUAAAUGAAGAGUUACAAGAAAAAUAUAAAAAUAUAAUUGAUUCUUGGUUAGCUACUUAA